AUGGCAAGCUUCAUGUCAGUAGUUUAUCUCGACGCGAGGUUGUGUUUAGAUUCGGAUAGCAUCUCUUGUCUAAGGAAUUUGCAAAGAACAAGAAAAUCUUUGGAGAAGCUGGGUUUUGUCAUCCACAACGAUAAAAAAUCAGAAAGAACGUAUCACAUUAAUUGUCUUGAAUUAGUGGCAGCGUUUUUUGGCUUCAAAUGUUUCGCAAACAACUUAUCAAAGUGUGAGAUAUUGCUGAGAAUUGAUAAUACUACAGCGGUCUCGUAUAUAAACCGAAUGGGUGAAAUUCAAUAUUCGAGAGUUAAUGAUAUAACGCGAAAUAUUUGGAAGUGGUGCGAAGAGAGAGAAAUCUGGUUAUGUGCAUCCUAUAUUACGUCUAAAGAGAAUGUCGAAGCAGAUAGGGGUUCACGUGUCAAAAAUAUUGAUACAGAAUGGGAUUUGUCAAAUACAGCGUUUUCACAAAUAGUCAAAGCUUUUGGUACUCCGUCCAUAGAUUUGUUCGCGCCAAGAUGUAAUUCCAAAUGCAAUGAUUACUGUUCUUGGCAUCGAGAUCCAGAGGCGUUAGCGGUAGAUGCGUUUACAUUAAAUUGGAAACACGUUAAUUUUUAUGCAUUUCCUCCCUUUUCGAUGAUUCUUAAGGUGUUAAGAAAGAUUAUACAAGACCAGGCACAAGGAAUUUUAGUAUUUCCAAAAUGGUGCGAGUGGUUUUUAUUCGUAGCUACUAUUCAGUAG